AUGUCUGAUCAGAGUGGUAGCCAAAACAAGUCAGAAGAGCAGGUGAACCUGAGUGAGGGCACUAGUCCCUCUAGCAGCUAUGAUGAGGGCAACAGGAGUACCCCAAGCAACUUUCCCAAAGCAGCUACAAGGACAAGGAGGAAGAGAAACUCUGACUCAGAGGAUGAGGAUUAUGUUGCUGCUGAGGAGGAGGUCAGCUCCAAGAAGAAAGUGCUGAAAAAGGAAUAUGCUGCUGCUGCAACUAAGCUAGGUCUGCACAAGAAGGCUCCAGCAAAGAGAGUUCCUAUGUCUAAGACCAGAGCCUCCACUCUUGAAACUUCCAAAUCAACUGGUGGAGAGGCUGCUGGUGAGGACAAGAAGAAAAAGGAAAGAAAGAGAGGGAGAUGGUGCAAGAAGGUAGAUCCCAUGGCAGAAUUUGAGAGACACUCAUCUCAUGAUGAAGAAGAGGAAGAAGAUGUUGCACCAGCAUCAAAGUCUCAAAAGCUAAUGGGGGAUGCCAUCAAGUCUAGGGCUGCCACUUCAAAGCCCAAGACUGCCCCCAAAGCUUCUACUCCAGCUCCAAAGACUGCACCCAAGAGGAGCACAAGUAAUAUUCCAGCUACUAAAAAGAACAAGGCCCCAAACAUUAGGAAGGAUGCCGGUCUCAGACUUUGGAGACAAACUGAUCCAUAUGUUGUGAGGAGAAGGACUGCUGUGGAUUACAUGUUCCACACCAAGGAGCAGCAGGACUUCUAUGAAACCAUCUUCCUUGAUAAGAAGCCCAUUGUUUGUGAUAUGAAGUGGGCAGAUUGGAAAUACAUUGAUGAGAAUGAAGAUCAUUUUCCAAGUGUGCAUGAGAGCUUUAGGCUAUGUGGAGUGGAAAAGUUUGUGGGUACCUACUUGUUAGAUAAGGAGCAUCUACCCUUGAGACCAGAUUUUGAGGACAACACUAUUAUCAUGAAUGAAUAUGAUCCCACAUUUGUGGAGGCACAAGAAGAGAGAGAGAAAGCAAAGACUAAGAAAGCUGCAAAGAUGCCAAGUGCUGAAGAGGCAUCUCAAGUGUUUCUCAAGACCAAACAAGAUCAAGAAGGGCUUGGCCACCCUGACUCAGAACCAAGAGAGCCUGGAAAGGAUCAUUGA